GAGAAGGAGCGGCUGAGCUCAGCCCACAUGUGUUCACUGUGUUUAUAGUGUUCAGAGCCUGCAGGUGAGUAGACGCUGGACUGACCUGGAUCCGUCCUGAAUUAACAGCAGCACUUACAGGAAUAAGUGAGAGUCCACUGAUCCUCUUCAGACUCAGACUCUGCUCGCAUUCGACCACCGCUGAAUUGUGGAGCUUCACAUAAAUCACAUUUCGUUGUCACUGGCUGCAGUCUGAGUGUGAUGUGACCAGUUUGUUACACCUUCUUCCAUCCAUCUCUCCACAUCAGUGAGAAUCAGCUCAAGAUGACGGCUCUCUCUGCUGCAGCCCUGCAGACAGCAGGAGGAGGAACAUCUCUUCAGACUCUGUUGGUGUUCCUCGUCUCCCUGCUGUGGCUGCAGCCUGCACACUCCAGCUCUGCUCCAGAGCCCAAAACCUUGAACCAAACCGGGCCCCGGCUGCAGCUCUCCCACUCAGAUCUGAAGAACGGUUCAGCGAUCUUCUGGCAGGGCGGAGUCAGCGGGGGAUACCAGGUCAUGUUGUUGGACGAGGAUCAGGGAUGGCUGUUGGUCGGUGGGAAAGACCACAUCUACCUGCUGAGGCCCGACAGCCUGGAUCGGCCCACACAGACGAUCUACUGGCCCGCUGUCAGAGAAGAUGUGAGGCACUGCAUCAUGGCUGGGAAAAAUCUGGAGACCGAGUGUGCAAACUUUGUGCGGCUGCUGCAGCCGUUCAAUAAAACCCAGGUCUAUGCCUGUGGGACUGGAGCCUUCCAUCCACAGUGCACAUACCUGCACCUGGAUCACAACACGGAGGAGCCACAGUUCACGUUGUCUCAUGACGUGGAGUCGGGCAGAGGGAAAUGUCCCUUCAGUCCGAGGGAGCCCUUCACUGCUAGACUGACUGACGGUGAAUUUUAUGCAGGGACCUCAGUCGACUUUAUGGCAGCCAAUGCUGCUAUCUUUCGUACGUCUGUCCACGGCAACAAGCAACGUUACAUCCGGACUGAAGCGUACGAUCAGAACUGGCUCAAUGAGCCGGAGUUUGUGGGCUCCUUCUCCAUCCCGGACACCCACAGUCCUGACGAUGACAAGGUGUACUUCUUCUUUAAGGAGAGGGCCGUGGAAGCUGGACAGUGGGACAAGAGGGUGUACACCCGGGUGGCCAGAGUCUGCAAGAAUGACGUAGGAGGAAAGAGGAGUCUGAUCAACCGUUGGACCACCUUCCUCAAAGCCCGGCUGGUCUGUUCUGUCCCCGGUCCAUCUGGAGUUGAUACAGAGUUUGAUGAGCUAGAGGACAUCUUCAUCCUGGAGAACAAAGACCCUCAAAACCCGACCAUCUAUGGUGUAUUCAGCACAUCCAGCUCCAUAUUUCGAGGUUCAGCAGUAUGUGUGUACUCCAUGGCUUCUAUACGAGCAGCUUUCAACGGACCGUUUGCUCAUAAAGAAGGUCCAGACUAUCGCUGGGUGGAGUACAAGGGCCGCAUUCCCUAUCCCAGACCUGGCACUUGUCCCAGUGAGACGUACGAUGCCCUCCACAAGUCCACCAAGGACUUCCCAGACGAGGUGGUGAGCUUCAUGCGGCAGCACCAGCUGAUGUGGGAGCCUGUCAUGCCUCUGGGCGGCAGACCCGUCCUGACUCAAGUCAACGCAACCUACAUGUUGAAGAAGGUCGUAGUGGACAGAGUGGAUGCUGAGGACGGACCUUAUGAUGUCUUACACCUCGGCACAGACGAUGGGAAGGUGGUGAAGGCCGUGUCAGUCACCAAAGACAACGGGGAGAGAGAGGAGAUCAUCCUGGAGGAGCUGACUGUCUUCCAGAGCCCCACUCCGAUCCUGAGCAUGGAGCUGUCCACAAAACGACAACAGCUGUAUGUGUCCAGUGAGCUCGGUGUGGCCCAGCUGGGGCUGCAGAGAUGUGAGUUAUACGGGACAGACUGCGCUGCGUGCUGCCUGGCCAGAGACCCUUACUGCUCCUGGGACGGACAGACCUGCUCUCGAUAUUUCCCCACCAGCAAGAGGAGGGCGAGGAGACAGGAUGUAAAGUAUGGAGACCCCUGGAGUCAGUGUCCAAUCACAGAGGACGAUUCAGACUCUGUGGAGGUGAAGUCGGUUUACGGUGUGGAGGGAAAUUCAACCUUCCUGGAGUGUGCUCCUCGGUCCCCGCAGGCGGAGCUCAGGUGGACGGUGCAGCACUCAGAGAGCCAGCAGCAAACUCUCAGUCACACACAAGAGACCAAGGAGCUCCCUCACAGUGAUGACCACCGCUCCCUCCACAUGAAGCGUGGACUGUUGAUUCAGCGCCUUGAACUGUCUGACUCUGGGAUCUACACCUGCUCCAGCCACGAGCACUCCUACAGCCAGGUCCUGGCCCGAUACCGCAUUCACAUCAUCCCCAGCGACAGCCUGCAUUCAACCCGCCACCAUCAGAUCCACAGCUCCGACCAUCACGCGGCCCUCGGGCAGAUCGGCCCAGCUGGGGUCGGGGUUGCUGGGUUUCUCGGCCGGGGUGGAGCUCCUCAUCCACCUGCAUUUCUGCCAGGUCACAGGAACUCAUGGCUGCCCCAGCAUCCUCAGCAGCUUCCUCUUAAGAGCUACAAAGACCUGCAAAUGGUGGGGACCAACAGUCUGAGCGUGGACGAAUACUGCGAGCAGCUGUGGUACCGAGAGAAACGCCGGCAGCAGAAGCUGCGCACUCUGAAGCUGAAACAGGAGAGCAGGAAAGCCCGAGUGAGGAGGAACAACCCUCCUGAGGUUCCGCUUUAGUCACGAGGAGAGUAAAGAAAGACUGAGUAUGGACAACAGAUCCUGUGCAUGCAGAGGGCGAGGAGAGGCUUCAUCAAGACUGUGCUUUUUGAGCAACUAAUGCCAGCUUGCAUUAAAAUACCAACAAUAUUAUCCAUUAAAGACUGACUAAAGAGGGAUUAGUGUUUGACUAUGUUGAAAUAUUUUGACAUUCUUAGACAACAAAACCCAGAAAUGUGGAAAAAUGUUUUUAAUAUCAAUAUUCAAGAUUGUUAGAACAAAACUGGCUCUUUUCUAUCUGUACCUUUGUUAUCUAUAACAGAAACUCUACUAGCAUCAGGUGUUUAAAUGUUAGAUCACAAUCACCAAUGUGCCUACUCUUAAACUGUAAAUACAUUAAAGUAUGCAGAUCUGCUGCUGACAGUUUAGAACACAGUAUACUUGAUUAUCUCAUCUGUUGAUAUCAGUUCUCUUUACAAGCUAAUUUAGUUAGCUACAGUUAACUAGCUUUAUCCUGACACCUGUAUAGUUCAUUGACUUUACUGUAUUUCCCCGGACAAAGGGUGACUUUGAUUUCUGCUUCAAAGCACAGACAGUUACUCCUCUGUUAUUCACUAUAUGUUUGUGAAAAUAACAAAGUAAGUGCUCUACUUUAGAGGCCAAAAAGAAUCAUGAUAGGCUUGUUUUUGUCUCCAGUUACAAAACGUCAGCUUAUUAGCUACCAUAUUACACUGUAUCUUUAACAUUUGAUGCUUUUUCUAAAUUUCCCUGUAAGCUGAUUAGCCCUAGAGCUAACUUACUGCUUGAAGCUGCUCCGAGGAACUUUCUGUUCGUGUUGAUGUUGGCGCCCCCUGUGGACAAAAUUAUAGCUACUACUGUUCAACCCCCUUGCAGUGAUAAAAGGCUUCUUGUUUACUCUUGUAGGUCAUUAAAAAGCAUCACUGAGUGUUUUUACACAGACUUGAGCAUCCUUGUUUUGAUCAUGUUUUUUAGCAUCCUGUUUUUGUGUUCACACACGUAAACAUUACGAUUUUAGAAACCAGGAUAAACUCUAAACCUGUUUUUUCAAAACAAGAAUUUACUACCUUGAGAACUCAGAAAGAAAACAGGACACUGUGGCAAGUAUAUGACUCAUCCCUGUUCUGACAGCUGACGACUACCUGCACAGGCAUGGCCUCAGCUGAGUCACGCAUCACCAAAUAAACAUGGAGGUGGCAACAAGACCAUCUUUUUGCAGUUUUGUGUUGUGGUAAUGAAACUAGUAAAUACGAUUAUAUCUUUAGCUUUUGCUCCCUUGUCCUGUGCAGUAGCAGUGAGAGGCUGACCGCGGUCAGAGUUGAGGACAUGUUUGAUAUUUGCCUUUGCUCUCUUCUUUAAUAGUGCUAAUCCUGCAAUAAGCCACAGAGGACUCAUUUUUCUCAGAUUUUAAAAUCGGCAUGUGUUGAAAAAAAACCCCCAAAAAACAUCACAAGCGCCUGCACAAAUAAGAUGCAGUAAUCAUAAACAGGAAUAAUAGUGUUUAUCACGUGUACAGGGGUAUGAAUAACAAAGUUUCUCUGUGUGCAUGCCUUAUCAUGAAUAUGAAUAUGAUAUAUAUUCGUAACCGGGAUACUCAAGUCCAUAUGAACGCACUCACUGUAUAUUUUAGUCUGUUACAUAACCAGUUAAAACUCUUUACUGUGGCUUUAAGACAAACCUAAUCUGAGGAUGUUGGGAAUAACAUUUUAUGACUGAUAUAAAUAAAUGUACACAUCCCUAUUUUUGCACAUGCUUGUCAAUGUAUUAUCCAUUUGGGCUGCCAUACAGGUGAAGAUGUAUCAGGAUCUCUCAUUCAUUUCAUAAAGACGCAUACAAGCUCUCUCUAUACUUUAUAUAUUCUAUAAAUUAAGAUCAGUGUUUGCCCAAUAUACUGCUACACGUUGUACUGUUUAAUAAUAUGUAUUUAUGGUUGUUUGAAAUGUAACACUCAUCUGCACACGUAAGAUCCAGGCAUCACGCCUAAAGGAGUGAACUUCUGCCUCAGUGGAAAAUGCAGACACGCCAUGGACCCUGCUCGAAAGCACAUCAUGUAUAGCUUUUAUUAAAACUGCCAGGUAACUAAUAAAUAUUAUUCCUAUCAAUGUGUAAUAAAGAACUCUAUUUUUUAUAGUUUUCUUUCUUUGUAUACUAGAAUUUAGUACAUUUCCUGAAUGUUUAUAUAGACUUUUGUGUUUUUAUAAGCAAAAUGAUUUUUAAACUGAACUCUGAUAAGCUUAUGAGAUUAAAAACUGAGUGAUGGAUUUGUGUCAUUCUGUACGUGAAUAAGCCACUGAGUAAUGUCAAAUAAAAGGAUGAAACAUU